AUGGGAGACGUGUCCGCGCUGCAGGUGUUCAAGCUCUCUGUGAGCAACGCUUCGGCUUUGGCGGACUGGGAGGGCUUCGAGCCGUGCAAGAAGGAGUGGUUCGGCGUGAACUGCGGGGAGUCGACGCGGUCGAAGCAUCGAUGGGCCGUUGUCUCGAUAGAGCUGCCGAACUGCAAUCUGGGAGGGGAGAUCCCGGAGGCGAUCGGCGACCUCGUGGAGCUCACGAAACUUGAUCUGCGAAACAACAAUUUCACGGGGCUGCUUCCCGCGUCGCUCAGCCGCCUGACCGCGUUAGAGUCACUAGACGUUUCGGGAAACCCGUUCGAGGUCGCACCUUCCACGAACCUUACCGCCGGCGCGCCUCCCCCGCUGACGUCAGACCCCAUCUCAAUAAUACCGGAGCCAGACGCCCUGGGCCCGAAAAUUCCGGGGCUGGUUAAGACAGGAAGAAAGAAGGGCUCGGGAAGGAAGGGACGCGGGAAGAAGGGUCGAGGAGGGAAGGCAGGCAAAAGGGGGAAUUCUACUGCUGAGCCGCCUGCUGCUGAGCCCCCUACGACAAAGCCUUUGCCGGCUGCCAAACCGCCAACCGUCAAGCCAUUGCCGGCAGCCAAGCCGCCGGCCGUCAAGCCGCCUGCCGUCAAGCCGCCUGCCGUCAAGCCGCCUGCCGUCAAGCCGCCUGCCGUCAAGCCGCCAGUUGGGACGAUCCCGCCAAGAAGCAGUCCAGAUAAAGUGCGCCUUCCCGCUGUUCCUCUAGAGCCGCCUACAGACGACUCCCCCGAUAGUAGCCCCGUCCCCAGUACAACCCGCUCUCCGUCGCUACCGCCUAAAUCCUCGCCGUCCACCAAUGGCAUUGCGCUAUACGUGGGCAUAGCGGCGGGCGUGGUUGUCGCGUUCCUGUUGGGCGUCGCGCUCGUGCUGCUCUACAUCUACCUGCGGCGCCGCCGCGCGGAGACCAAGGACUUUGCGCCGAUUAAAGACGUCGCGGCGGGCGCGGACGGGCGGGGGGGGGAUUACGGGACAGCUGGCGCGGUUGCCGGGGGGGGAUAUGCGGGGAAGAGGGGAGGUGGUGGAGUGUUUGGAAGGCUAUGGCCAGGGACUGGAAAGCUUGCGCUUUCAAGUAGGCGGUUACUCUCUAUCCGCGUGUCUCGUUCUCCCCUUCAUCCGUCUCCCCCCUCCUUUCGUCUCCCCCCUCCUUUCGUCUCCCCCUCCUUCCCUCUUCCGCCUGCGCCUUUUUCCGCCCACUCUUUCCCCUUCCCCCCUUCCUUCCCCCCCACUUCCCCCCCCCCCCCCUCCUCCCCCUUCUAUCCCCACCCUAUCACUACAGGCACAGUAUCUGCCUAUCAGCAACAAGCUCACGCCCCUGCCGCUCCGUCCGCCGCGGUUCCCGCUCACGACCAUGGCGCGAAUCUCCUUCCCCCGCACGACCCCUCCGCCAUGAUUCCGCACAGCGGGGCGUCGAACCACAGCGGCUGGGGCGCCGCAGUCAGCGCCGUGCAUAGCGGUGUGAACAGCGCCGCGCACAGCGGCGUGCAAAGCGUUACCGUGGAAGGCGGCGCGGUGUCACCGUACGCGCCAGCCUCGGCGUACGCAUCAGCUGCCGAGCCUGGCAGCAACAUGUCGAGCCAGUUCCCAAGCCGCACUCCGAGCCAGACGCCGAGCCAACCGAUGAGCCACGUGGCAGGCCCGGGGCUAGCAGCGGCUAUAGCCGCGGAAGCGGGGGGCGGAAUUGGCGGAGGGGAAGGGGGAAGCGGAGGAGCUGGGGGAGGAUAUGCGGCUCAUAGUAGCAAUAGCAGCGCGCAGACGCCUGGGGCCUCUGUGGGGUCUUUGAAGUCGGGGCGCAAUAUGGCGGAGUAUAGGCUGAUGCUGCCCGGGCGGAGCCUGAGCAACACGGUGAUGGAGUUGACGUAUGAAGAUGUCCUGGGAGCAACGGACAACCUGGCAGAGGCGAACGUGAUUGGGUCGGGCGGGUUUGGGCGCGUGUACUGCGGAAGGCUGGCGGGGGCUGGCGUGGCGGUGAAGGUGCUGGAAGCGGGGAGCAGUCAGGGCGACCGAGAGUUCCAGGCCGAGGUUGAGCUGCUGAGUCGGCUCAGGUCGCCGCAUCUGGUGCAUCUGGUGGGCUACUGCAUUGCAGGGGGGAAUAGGGUGCUCGUGUACAAUCUCAUGGCGAAUGGGAGCCUGAGCGACUUGCUGCAUGAUAACAGCAGUGAUGGAAGCUUCAUGCAGCGGUUUGGGAGGGAGAGGCCGCAGGUGGAGUGGCAGCAGCGCAUGCAGAUCGCUCUGGACGCCGCCCGCGGGCUCAUGUUCCUGCACCACGCCGCCACCCCCGCUGUCAUUCACCGCGACUUCAAGAGCAGCAACGUUCUGGUGGACCACGACUUCCAUGCGCGCAUUGCUGAUUUUGGGUUGGCUCGGGAUGGUCCCAGUGGGGAGAAGCGUUGGGUGUCGACACGUGUACUGGGCACCACAGGUUACUUGUCCCCAGAAUAUGUUACCACCGGUCGCCUGACCCCCAAGUCAGACGUGUACUCGUUUGGCAUCGUGCUGCUGGAGCUGCUCACAGGGCUCGUGCCCAUCGACCACGACAGACCUCCCAAUAGAGUCUCCCUCACUUCCUGGGCGCUGCCGCUGCUGACGCAACGGGAGAGGCUGGGAGAGCUGCUGGACCCGCGUCUGGAUGGGACUGUUCCCCUGCACGAGUUCAUGCAGGUGGGUGGCAUGUGGGCAGCUGGUGGGUGGGGACUUGAUGCCUGUGGCGGUUGCAUAGGGGCAAAGAAGCGUAGAGAUAUGCAGGGCAUGGUGCACAUAGGAGUGCAGGGCAUGGUGCACAUAGGAGUGGGGCGCGCCUUCCCCCGUUCACAUAGGACUGCACCUUCCCCCGUUCACGAGUUGGUACCGUCUAUUUCUUUCAACCCGCCCGGCCCUGCUUAUUCCACCCCACAGUCCAGGCGGAGUCACUGGCAGCGGUGUGCGUGUGCGUGCAGGCACUCCCAGACUACAGGCGCACAUGGACCAUGUGGUGCAGUGCCUCAUGCCGCACAUGGACCAUGUGGUGCAGUGCCUCAUGCCGCACAUGGACCAUGUGGUGCAGUGCCUCAUGCCGCACAUGGACCAUGUGGUGCAGUGCCUCAUGCCGCACAUGGACCAUGUGGUGCAGUGCCUCAUGCCGCACAUGGACCAUGUGGUGCAGUGCCUCAUGCCGCACAUGGACCAUGUGGUGCAGUCCCUCAUGCCGCACAUGGACCAUGUGGUGCAGUCCCUCAUGCCGCACAUGGACCAUGUGGUGCAGUCCCUCAUGCCGCACAUGGACCAUGUGGUGCAGUCCCUCAUGCCGCACAUGGACCAUGUGGUGCAGUCCCUCAUGCCGCACAUGGACCAUGUGGUGCAGUCCCUCAUGCCGCACAUGGACCAUGUGGUGCAGUCCCUCAUGCCGCACAUGGACCAUGUGGUGCAGUCUCUCAUGCCACACAUGGACCAUGUGGUGCAGUCCCUCAUGCCGCACAUGGACCAUGUGGUGCAGUCCCUCAUGCCGCACCCCUAUUCCUUCCUCCUUCCCGUGCGUUCCUCCCUCCCUGCUGCUCCCGUCCACAGCAGGCGAUCGCGGUAGCAGCAGCGUGUCUGGAGGCACAUGGACCACGUGGUUCAGUCCCUCAUGUGUCUGGAGGCACAUGGACCACGUGGUUCAGUCCCUUGUGUGUCUGGAGGCACAUGGACCACGUGGUUCAGUCCCUCAUGUGUCUGGAGGCACAUGGACCACGUGGUUCAGUCCCUCAUGUGUCUGGAGGCACAUGGACCACGUGGUUCAGUCCCUCAUGUGUCUGGAGGCACAUGGACCACGUGGUUCAGUCCCUCAUGUGUCUGGAGGCACAUGGACCACGUGGUACAGUCCCUCAUGUGUCUGGAGGCACAUGGACCACGUGGUUCAGUCCCUCAUGUGUCUGGAGGCACAUGGACCACGUGGUGCAGUCCCUCAUGCCUCCACCCUUCCCCCUUCCUUGCCCCCUGCCCAUCCCUUCACUAGGCUGCAUCGAUAGCAGCAGUGUGUGUCCUGGCAUGCCCAGACUCGCACACGGACGGAUGAGGUUGGAUCCAGACUACUAUCCCCUUCCUCUCCCUCUACAUCAUCCAACACACCAGGCUGCGUCAGCGGCAGCAGUGUGCGUGCAGGCAGACCCAAACUACCGGCCCCUCAUGGAUGAUCUGGUGCAGUCCCUCAUGCCGCUCUGCAAGGCUGCCAUCUCGCCUCCUCAUCCCCCACCCUCCCUUGCUUGCCCCCAUCCCCUCUCUGCCUCCCUUCACCAGGCGGCCUCUGUAGCAGCAGUGUGCCUGCAGGCCGACCCAGACUACAGGCCGCACAUGGAUGACGUGGUGCAGUCCCUCAUGCCGCUCUGCAAGGCUGCCAUCUCGCCCUACGCCUCUCCCGCCCACCUCACCCCUCGUCCUCUCAACACUCACUCAAGCCUCCUGCCUGUUGAUUACCAUGCCGCUCUGCAAGGCUGCCAGCUCGCCCUCUGCCUCCCCUGCCCAGUCAAACCACUCGUCCCUGAGAUGACACCCCGUUUGUGCUUCACUCCCAUUUUCACCACUGAUAACCACCCUCUUACCCCACUGCUCAAUCCCACUGAUCACCAUCCCACACUCUAA